AUCUAUAGCUUAUAAUCUGGCACUCAUUCCAUCAGAUGCCACAACAAUCCUCCAAUCCUGCUGCAUCUCCCGCCCGAUCAGAUACGAAUGCGCAGCCUGCCUUGGGCCACGACUGCAAAGCACACAUUGAUGCCGGAUACGGUCCCAACGUUGCACCCACGAUCACGCCUGCAUUAGCCAGCCGCUAACUAGCACAUGGGCCAGCUGUCGCAGCGCAUACUAUGUACAGGAGAGCCUGGUGCGUACAGUACAGUAAUGGUGAGGCCCCAAUUGGAACAAAUUUUGCCAGUGGC